UAGAGUAAUAGAAAUUGGAACAAUUAGGGUUAGGAUAACACGAGACAAUAAAAACAAAGAGUUACAUACACUUCAUGGACUUUUUCUGGGUAAAAUAAGCCUGAAAAAGGACACAGUUAACAGAGGAUUAACUUUUAAAAGCAAUAGUUUGUUGCAUAUUCAUACAUGCUGUAUAAAUUCUAUUUGAACAAAGGAUUUUGUUUGGUCACUGUUAACUUCUUCUUCUUAACCUUGACAGUGUCUUUAGGGUUAAACAAGGUGGGAAAAAGUUUUUUCUAAUAAUGGAGCAUUUUUUCUAAUUUUUUUUAGAGAUUUAGGUGUUCUGUGGCUGUUAUUUUGGUGUACUUUAUUUUUCUCUUUAAAAAAGUAUCUUACAUAGCAUAGUUUAGAUUUCUGCUUGUUUUUAACAUUUUAAAAGUUUAAUAGAAAUAAAAUGGUUAUAAAAUAGUAAUACAAUCAGAGUAAUAAGAAUUUGGACAAUUAGGGUUAGGAUAAUAUCAGACAAUAAAAAUAAAGUGUUAUGGACGGUCCAGGUACAUUUCUGGGUAAAAUAAAUGGAAAAAGGACCCACGUUAACAGAGGAUUAACCCUUAAAAACAACAGCCUGUUGCAUAUUCAUACACCUCAUGCAUGAUGCAUCAAUUCCAUUCCAACACAGGAUUCUGUCUGGGCAGUGUCAGCUCCUUCCUCUGAAUCCUGAGGGCAGGAAGAAGUUAAUUUCUUCUGAUAAUGGAGCAAUAAAUUCUUUUUCUCUGAGAGAUUUAGGUGUCCUGUGGCUGCCAGCUCAGUGGGGGUUCCUCAUUCCUUUCUUUAAAAAAAAUCAUACACAGCAUAGUUUCUAUUUUAACAUCAUAUUAUAACCAAAAACUAUAUUUAAUACACUACUUAAGGAAAUUAACACAGCAUAACUUUCUAACAUAACACAUACAAUAUUCAUUUUAAUAUUUGCAAAAAGCCAAUCAUAAAAUACACAUUUUUCACAUGGGGGACAAAGGAGCUCGUGUGUCCCAGCUCCUGGAACCCUCCCGUGCUCCCCAAGGCCUCCAUGCCUAUUUUUAACCUAUUUUUAAAGCUGUAUUUUUAACACUCCUCAGGCCAGCGGGGGUGGGACGGGGCUGGAUUUCACCCCGCUCCAAACCACGCAGGGUUCAGGCUACGCUCCUCGUUUAUCUCUGUUUUGCUUUCAUUAUUACUGUUAUUAUUAAUUCAGCUUUUCCAUUUAUGACCUAUAACAAUUACUUGUGCAGCUCGCUUCCCUGGGUGCUGGGGACCCAAAUUCCAGCCCGGCUCGUGGCUUUAUCAAGGCCAGGAGGAGCCAGAAGGAGGCCAAAGGCGUCAAACCAAAACUCAGCCAAGUGCCGAGGGAUAAACCAGCUCCUGGCCAGGCCUCCUGAAUUCCAGUCCAGCCGGAAUCGGGCCGGCAGCACCGAUCGAACCCGAACCGUGCCAGGAGGCGAGAGCCCGCUCCGUGUCCCACCGUGACACUGCACCGGGAUGCACCGGGAGCCGCGGCCCAGCUCAGGGUUCUGUUUGGCAAUUAAUCCCGGGCUCUGGAGGGCCCUUCUGCCUCCUCGCCCUCCUCUCCAUCCUCAUCCUCAUCCUCAUCCCGGUCCCGCAUCCUCGCUGCGCCCAGGCCUUGUCCCGGUCCCGCCGCGUGGCAGCACAGACUACACUUCCCGUGGUGCCUCGCGGCGGGGUACACAGGGAGGCGGGCCCGGCGCUGCUCGCGGUGCACGCCGGGAGCUGUAGUCCUGCGCGGCUGCAGGGCGGGCAGCGGGGCGCUGCCGGCAGCCAUUACCGGGAGCGCGGAGCCGCCGCCGCCGCCUUGCCUCGCUCCGCGGCCCCGCCGCCGCACGGGGAGGGGCCGCCAUGGCGGCGUAGCCUCGCCCCCGCCCGCCCCUUCUUCCCCGCUGCGGGCGCUGAAGGCGCGGCGGCGGUGCGGCCUAGCGCGGAGGGUGGAUCCCCGGCCUCGCUUAGCGGCUGCUGCCCGCCAAGGGCCGCCCUCCCCCGGGCCAUGUCCCUCGUGGCCUACGCCAGCAGCGAGGAGGACAGCGAUGCCGAGGAGCCUGCGGGCGAGGAGGAGGAAACCGCCGACUCUCCCCCGGCCGCGGCCGAGCAGCCCUCAUCCCGGGGGCUUUUCGCCGCGCUGCCCCCGCCCAAGGCCCCCGCGGUACCCCCGGCGUUCCUCAUGGGCCCCCCGCCCACUCUGAGCGGCUUCGGCAGCGCCCCGCCGGGCCAGGCCGGCACCGAGAGCCCCUCCGAGCCGGCUGCCAGCGGGGACGGGGCCACAGAGCCCCCCCGGGCGAGGGGGCUCCUCCUGCCGCCCCCCAGGAACGCGGGCACCGCCGCCUCCCCGCUCAGCCCGCCCCCCGCUGCCUCCCCCGGGGUGGGUUUGGGCCUCCCCAAGCCAAAGAAGAGGACGGAGCCGGUGCGGAUCGCGGCGCCCGAGCUGCACAAGGGGGAUUCAGAUUCAGAGGAAGAUGAACCAGCAAAGAAAAAAAAUACUCUUCAGGGACGCGGCGAGGGCUCCGGCUUGUCCGCUCUGCUUCCUCAGCCCAAAAACACGCCGGUGAAAGAGACCAAUCGCUUGCUCCUGCCCUACGCCUUCUCCAGGAAAGCAGGAGAAAACUCCUCCGACUCCAAACCUGCCAAGACCCCGAGCUCUUCCUCCAAACCCAAAGCCGUGCCCAAGCCGGCCGUGCCCACCACUCCGUCCCCGUCGGCCAUCAAGGCGGCGGCCAAGAGCGCGGCGCUGCAGGUAACCAAGCAGAUCACCCAGGAGGAGGAGGACAGCGACGAGGAGCUGCAGCCAGAGAACUACUUCUCCUUGUCCGACAGGAGCGAGCCUGGCACCGUGGGCACCGAGCCCUACCUGUACCCGGGCACGGCGGGCUCGGAGGAGCCUCCUCCUGGCACGGAGCCGCAGCCCCAGUUCCAGGACGCGGCCGCUAACGCCCCGCUGGAGUUCAAGACAGGAGUGGGCUCCAGUGGAGUUCAGCACAGCUGGGCACCCAAAGCUGGUGAGGACUACAACAGCCAGCCCUAUGGGCAGUUCCCCCCUGCCUACGGAGAGCCUGGGGGCUACUACCAGGAUUACUACAGCUGUGGGUACUACCCCGAGGUGGAACCAGCCCAGGCCUCACCACAGGAGAGCAGCACCGACUCCUCCUUCAUCGACGACGAAGCGUUCAAACGUCUGCAGGGCAAGCGGAACCGUGGGAGGGAGGAGAUCAACUUUGUGGACAUCAAAGGUGACGACCAGCUGAGCGGGGCCCAGCAGUGGCUGACCAAAUCCUUGACAGAGGAGAAGACCAUGAAGUCAUUCAGCAAGAAAAAAGGAGAUCAGCCCACAGGACAGCAGAGGAGAAAACACCAGAUCACAUACCUGAUCCAUCAGGCCAAGGAGAGGGAGCUGGAACUGAAAAACACAUGGUCUGAAAACAAGCUCAGCAGAAGGCAGACUCAAGCCAAGUACGGAUUCUGACACAUCUGUCCUGCUUUUUGGCUGGCGUCCCGGGUGACCUGCUGUGUCCGGUGUCUGCUGGCUUCCUGGAGAUCAGCCAGGCCCCAGCGUGGGGCUGGGAGGACACUGCACUCCCUGGCCUGGCAGGAAGAAGGGGCAUUGCAAGCAGGUCCUGAACCUCCACCUGUAAUUCUUCCCCUCCCUCCUUGUAAACGAUAACGUGGAAGGUUCCCACUGGCCGAGGACGUCCCGAGGCACCGCGGGGAACGUGCUGGGUGUGAGGCUGCAGCUCCUGUCCUGAGGGAACAGGCUGGGCCUCCUGACCCUUCAGCAGAGGCUCAAUAAACUCCCAGUUCCCACUUUGCUCCUCUCUUGGA